AUGACACUGGUGCAAAAGUUGCAAAAUCAGCUACCACCACUAGUUGAGCCACCGCCGGUGGUGGUGGAGCCAAGCCACUCCACUCGCCGAUCAAUCGAGACACUGGUGGUUGUGGUGGCAGUGAUCAUAAUAGUUGGUGUUAUUGCAGGGAUCAUUGCUCGGGUAUGCGGGGGACGACAUUUUGGGGGCACCGGAGAGAAUGACAUAGAAGGAUGGGUAGAAAGGAAGUGUAGGAGCUGCAUUGACGGUGGAGUUCCGGCACCGCCGCCACCAGCAGAACCGAAGCCAACAACAGAAGCAGAAAAGAAAUGA